AUGUCUUUUUUUGACCUAGAAGCACAAAGAAGUGGAUCUUCAUCUUCCAAAGAUGCUAACAACGACACUGACAAGGCUUUGCAUCUGAUACUUGAGUUCACCGACGAGUUGAAGAAAUUGGACAGAGAAUGCAGUAAAGUGGGCACUAAAAGAGAUUCUCUGGAUGUGAGGAAUAACAUUGAGACGGGACUUAUACCUCACUGCAAUGCUAUUAGGGAUAGCAUAGAGGAAAAGCUUUGGAGUAGCGGCAAUGAGCAAUUGAGGAACGGUUCAAAAGUUCACAACGACUUCCAAGUGCUGAAGGAGACAUUGCAGAAGCAGGAGCAGCGGUAUAACGAUAUGAAAAUGAAGAAUGUAUUGAGAAAGGGGGCUACGAAAGUACGAGAGGAGCCAAAUUCUAACUACGUGUCAAUCGAAGUCAACGAGCAAACUCCGUUACUGCUGCAAGAGGAGCAGCAGCCGCAGCAGAACCAGGCGCAAAUGCAGGAUUCCUCGCUGCAAAAUGAAAUAGAUUUCAACUCGAUCAUACAGCGCGAAAGGUCGCAGCAGAUCAACAGGAUCCAUUCCGCCGUCCAAGAAGUCAAUGCAAUCUUUCAUCAGCUGGGGUCUCUGGUCAAUGAACAAGGAGAGCAAGUAGAUACUAUCGACGGCAACAUCGGGCACUUUUCGAGCAACAUGCAGAAGGCGACCGAGCAACUAAACAGGGCCGAAGAGCACCAAAGGAAAAGGAACAAGUGCGGCCUUGUGACGUUGGUGGUAAUGAUAGUUGUCGUAUUAGUAGUAAUUUUAGCAGUCCUUAGCUAG